GCAUGCUUGCCUAAAUUACAUGAAAUGCAAUGUUCCCGAUUUCUUCAAUUGCAACUGAAGCCGCAUCUGUUCGCCGCUAUUAAGAAAGCCCCCUCCUUAAUUCAUUUGCCCUCUAAAUUAAGGUACUAAAUAGUUAUAUAUAACGUUAGUAGUACGUACUAACACUACAGCUAUAGAUUGAAGGGAGCGUGCUGCGCUGCGCAUACGCACAUGCAUGCGGAAAAUCCCACUGAAUGCCAACCCACGGCAGCUAUCUGUCUCCUAUCUACAGGGCAUCACAGUGGGCACAUACACCAGUGUCAAUCAUGAAACAUACCUGGCAGGUUUAUUCUACCCAGCCUAACUAUUCUGCAGCUGGUCAGAUUGGAGUGCCAAGAACUGAGUCAUAAAACUCAUUUGAGUCG